AGUCGCUUGCAGUCCAUUUGACGCUCUCGUCCACCGCCUAUAUAAAUCGUGCGCCUUAGCACAUGUGACGCCAGUUUCACACUUAAAAUCCGACAGACAACUCUCUGUAAAGAAUCAUGGACUUCGAUUUGGCUGAUGCGCUGCCGAGCUCAUAUUCGGAGAGUAUGGAGUUUGAUACCGAAUACCGCCUGCCUGAUGCGAAGAGUGGACCACAGAUGGAGAGCUGUGGGCUGCACACAGGCCUGAGCCUCGACCUGGAGGUUAUCCAUCAGCGUGGGGUAGGCAUGAGAGAGGUGGCUCACCUGGUGAUUGCGCUGCACAGGAUGAAAAACCCCUUCCAGAAGUCCGACUCCACACAAACUCCCCUGGGCAUGGAGUGCACCGACGAACAGUUUUGCAGCAUCAUCAUGGACAACCUGGUGGAAGAGUGUGUGAUGGUCCCGAACCAGAAGCCAGUGGGAGCAGUGACCAAAAAGGCUACGGGGACCUUCGAGCGGAUGGGCAGCCCCAAGCAGUAUACCCUGUGUGACGGUCACCAGAAGAGCCUGAUGUACUGUCCCAAAACCAUGAAGCUGCAGGCCGUCACAAUGAAGGGAGGCAACAACCGGAGAGCGAGGUUCAACCUCUCCAGGUAUAGUAAUAUCUGCACCACCAUCAAUAAGGCCCUACCAGUUGUCUUGGGGAUUAACAACUGGAACCUGUCCUGCUCCAAGCAGACAGGCAGCGAAACCCCUGUCCUACAGUUGGAGUGCUGUGAGGACCAGUUAACAACCAUCAGCGCUCAGGAAGACACAGUUCGCUUCCUCUUCUACAAGAGAAUCACUGGCAUCUCCCUGACCACCUUUGAGUCGGCCAUGUACCCGGGCUGGUUCAUCAGCACCUCACUGGAGCCAAGCCAGCCCAUAGAGCUGUGUCAGAAACAGGACGUCGGAAAGCUCACCACCUUCAUGGUCAACAACUAAACACACACAAUCUGUCCCCACAGUGUAUGUACCACGUACAACCAGAGCGAGAGAGUGCAGGGUGAAUCUGAGAAGAUAAUAAUAUAAUAAUAAUAAUAUGCCAUUUAGCAGACGCUUUUAUCCAAAGCGAAUUACAGUCAU